AUGAUCGCUAUGUUCGGCGCCGUUUCGUUGCUGCUGUUCGCCCAACGCGCCUUCGCAUCUAAACAUGGCGCUGGGCACUCCGAAGACACUGGACGGCCAGUCUCGGAUCCCCGGGACCCGCUGAUGUUCCCGCUGCAGAGUAAUGCUUGGUCGGAGGAAUCCUUCGGCUUGCUCUCAUUCGCCGGCUCGAAGCCGUCGAGGUGCUGGGGCGCAGACGCCGGCGUUCCCCACGACGUUGCUGUAAUUGGGGCGCCCUUUGACACUGCGACUAGCUUCCGACCUGGAGCGCGAUUCGGGCCGAACGGCAUCCGUCAGGGGAGCAGACGUAUCAGGGUCGAAGCUAUUAAUGUGCCGUUGAAGACGCGCGUCAGCGACCACCUCGAUGUGGUCGACUGCGGGGAUGUCCCCAUGGUCCUCUUCGACAACAAAGUCGCGCUGCGCCAACUUGAAAUUGCCAACAAGGAGCUCCUUGCUCAUGAAGCGGCACGCUCCUUUUCGAACCGGAGUUUGGCGCUCGAUGGCAAGUUCCACCCGCGCGUCUUGACACUUGGUGGUGACCACACGAUCACGCUCCCUCUUCUCCGCGGUGUUGCCGAAAUCUAUGGGGCGGUCAGCGUCAUCCAUUUCGACAGCCAUCUCGACACGCGAAAGCCGACGAAGCUUCCUGGUGGCCCUUGGCUUCCGGACGAGGAAGUGCCUAUCACGCACGGUAGCUACUUCUGGUACGCUUCCCAGGAGGGGCUUCUGGCCGCCAAUCACUCCAACAUUCACGUAGGAAUCCGAUCAGGCCUGAGCGACUGGGACAACUAUGAUAAUGAUUGGGAUGUCGGCUUCCAUAUAUCGCAUGCUGAGGAUAUAGAGGAGGUUGGCUACCAGGGCAUUGUCAAGAAGAUUCGGGACGUUGUUGGGGAUAACCCAGUUUACAUCUCCCUGGACAUCGACGUGGUUGACCCUGGUUCGGCUCCUGCAACGGGAACGCCCGAGAUUGGUGGAUUCUCGACAAGGGAAAUCAAGAAAAUCCUGAAGGGUCUCGAUGGACUCAAAAUCGUCGGCGCUGAUAUCGUAGAGGUUGCUCCAGACUACGAUACGCAAAGCGAACUCACCCAGAUCGCGGCCGCAAACAUCGGCUGGGAUCUGCUCGCUCUAAUGGCCAAGACGCCCCUCACGGCGUAG